GGUCACGGGUACGGGAGCCGAGCGGGGACUCGCUGCAGCGGCCGCGGGGUCUCCACCCGAGAGUAUGGCGGCCUGGGUAGCACGGGAGAGCGAGGAGGAAGCGAAGACACGCCAGAAACGGUGAAAAGGAAAACAAAAGAGACAACGCGUGAGCUUUAUUAAGAAGUGCUAUUUUUAUUUUACUUACUGUUGGCGGCUUCGUUUGUACCCUCAAGCUUAUUUUGUCGUCCUAAAAAGAUGUACGCGCCGAGCAGAUGAAAACUGCGCGGUGCGAUAUAUUUUUCGUCUUGUGUCUCGCCGCAACAAAAUAAUACCAAAAAAAGUGGACUUUCCACAAUGAAAUCCAUCUCGGAGCAGCUAGUCUUUGUGUUGUGCUGUAGCUGAGGAGCUCCCGACUCAACGCUCAAAAAUGGGACACAAGUGGUGAACGAGAAUCGGAACAUUUCGAGUUCCUACCCCCCCCCCCCCUUUUUUUUUCUUCAAUGACGGCACCUUUCGACGUGAUUUUAAUCCGCUAACCGGGCAGAAAUGCGCGAGUAUAAAGUGGUGGUCCUGGGCAGCGGAGGGGUCGGGAAAUCCGCCCUCACGGUGCAGUUCGUCACCGGGACCUUCAUUGAGAAGUACGACCCUACCAUAGAGGAUUUUUACCGCAAGGAGAUCGAGGUGGACUCCUCGCCUUCGGUUCUGGAGAUCCUGGACACCGCUGGGACUGAACAGUUCGCCUCCAUGCGGGACCUUUACAUCAAGAACGGGCAAGGAUUCAUCCUAGUCUACAGCCUUGUCAACCAGCAGAGCUUCCAGGACAUAAAGCCGAUGAGAGAUCAGAUCAUAAGAGUGAAGAGGUAUGAGAAGGUUCCAGUGAUCUUGGUGGGCAACAAGGUGGACCUGGAAAGCGAGAGGGAGGUAUCAUCCAGUGAGGGCCAAGCCCUGGCUGAGGAUUGGGGCUGCCCUUUCAUGGAGACUUCAGCCAAGAGCAAAACCAUGGUAGACGAACUGUUUGCCGAGAUUGUUCGGCAGAUGGACUACGCAGCCCAGCCGGACAAGGACGACCCCUGCUGCUCCUCUUGCAUUAUACAAUAGCCCCAGGGCCAGGAACAGGCCAGACAAAAGUCCACUCGUGGAAGACAGACAUACACUUAGACACACAGACACAUGCACAUGCCAAUGAAAAGAAAGUUACAUUCGUGGUUGAACAUGUUUGGUUUCUGCUCGGUGCUGCAGUCACAUAAAACAGUGAGAAGUUUGCCACAAGAGAAAUUGAUAAAUGACAAAAAGGAACAUGCCCUCGCCUUAUGCUACUCUCUUUAGUUGUUCGGGUUUUAUUUUCAGUUGUAUAGAAAUAAAUCUAGAGUCUCCAGCAGCAAAAAAAAAAAAAACAGAACAAGACUUUUACUGUUUAGGUUGUUCUGCAGUUACGAUCAAUGAGCGCUUCGAUUUUAUGGUUUUGCACAAAGCAUUCAGAUGCGUUUUAUGAUUCCAUUCCUUGGUUUCGAGGAGCUACUGCACACAAACCCCCAGCCACACAUUCCGAGGACACAGCACUGGUUUUAAACAUUGAUGACUGAUUAAUGUGCACGGUUUCUUCAGCACACCUUGUGUCUGGGUAGUGGGAGGUUUUUCUACUCAUCACAACCAAAGAGGUGAUGUCAAAGCACCACCUCCAUUUUCUUAUAGAUAUACUUUAUUUUUCAGAUGCAGAGUGGAACGGAGGGAAAAUGACAGGAGCCUAAUGUCCUUCUCAAAACAUCGUGCACUCAUCCCAUUGCUAUUUAUAUAACUGUGAAUGGCAGCGUUCAUUCACAUAUCGUGCAGUGUUUUAUUUUUCCAUUCAAUAACAGAUUGCCGAGUCGUGAUGCUUCUGCUUCAUCCUGUCUUUCAGUGUUUCCACGUCUCUGCAGACAGUUUCUCCAAAACAUGGGGGAAAUUUAAAGUGAAGAUGCCAAUAAUUGUCAUACUGUGUUGUUUUGUUUCUUCCUGUGUUACUAUCUGAGUGACAUGGGGUGCUUCAGAGGUCCAACAUCCUGAUUUCAUUCUUUGUGUGGUCGCGGUAUUCAAAGUCAUAGUUAUAAAUGAUGGCAGUGAUAGCAAGAGUAAUUAACGGUAGUGUAAAUAUAUUUUGUAUUGAAAGUGCCAGCUCCUGUAAAGACACUGACUCGACACACAUGGAACUGUCGACUGUAUGCAUGGCUAGUAAACAAAAACAGGACUUCUGUUGUUUGAGGUUAAUGUCGGCUGUGGAACUGUGCAAACCAAACACACACACAUCUGGAUCUGGACACUAUCACAACUGUACCUCUACGUUGCCACGGGAACCAGGAUUUUUCCUGCGCUAACCAUUUUCAUUGUUGAUUUUAUAUUUUUUUAUGUGACCAUUUAGUCUUUCUUCCCUCCCUGAAUGGUGACACUGUUACAUUUGGCACCUAAAUAAUAAAAGUGUGUUCAACACUC